CUGAUGGAGAACAGGACAGAAGUGACACACUUCAUCCUGCUGGGACUAACCAAUGACCCAGGUCUGCAGCUUCCCCUCUUUGUGACUUUCCUCUUUAUCUACUCCAUCACUCUGGCUGGGAACCUGGGGAUGAUCCUGUUGAUUCUCUUGGACUCCCGUCUCCACACUCCCAUGUACUUUUACCUCGGUAACUUAUCUCUAGUGGAUUGUUGUUACUCUUCAGCUGUCACUCCCACAGUCAUGGCUGGGCUCCUUCUAGGAGACAAGGUCAUCUCCUACAAUGCAUGUGCUACUCAGAUGUUUCUCUUUGCAGUCUUUGCUACUGUGGAAAAUUGUCUCUUGGCCUCAAUGGCCUAUGAUCGCUAUGCAGCCGUGUGUAAGCCCCUGCACUACACCACCACCAUGACAAGUGUGUGUACUUGGCUGAUUUCAGGCUCAUAUGUCAUUGGUUUCCUAAAUGCCUCCAUCUACACUGGAGACACAUUCAGUCUCACCUUCUGCAAGUCCAAUGUGGUCCACCAUUUUUUUUGUGACAUUCCAGCAGUCAUGGUUCUCUCUUGCUCUGAUAGACACGUGAAUGAGCUGCUUCUAGUGUACAUUGUGAGUUUCAACAUCAUUUUUGCUCUUCUGGUAAUCUGGAUAUCUUACACGCUCAUUUUUAUCAGCAUCUUAAAGAUGCACUCAGCUUCAGGGCAUCGGAAGGCUAUAUCCACCUGUGCCUCCCACUUCACUGCAGUCUGUAUUUUCUAUGGGACUGUUAUCUUCAUGUAUUUACAGCCCAGCUCCAGUCACUCCAUGGACACUGAUAAAAUUGCAUCUGUGUUCUACACUAUGGUCAUCCCCAUGCUCAAUCCUGUGGUCUACAGCCUGAGGAACAAGGAGGUCAAAAGUGCUUUCUUAAAGCUCAAAAAUUCAUUAAAUUUUUGGAAUCAAAAUAAACUUUAG